AUGCUAUGCAGGAGAGCCAACUAUCAGGAUGAGGAUGUCCAUUUCCUCGCUGUCAUCUGUGCUUGCUGCAAGGCUGCAUAUAAGAGCGGCCAGGAGACUCUGGAUCUCCCCUACACCAAAGGACAAUUGAUAAAGGCAAUCGUGGUGGUGAUGGAGAAAUCCCCUGUGCAGUCUGGGCCUACCAUUCUCCUGCUUUAUGCCAUGGCUGCCGUCUCCUGCCUCAGCAAAAUCAAGCCUCCAACUGACCCAGAGCUAGAGUCUGCGAUCCUGCGCUUCGCUGUUCGCGGGGUCAUAACAGUGCAAGCAGGAAAUGUCCACAAACAGGUUCUGCACAAACUAGCAGCAGACAAUCUGGAGGUGAUGUUGAAGGGCUUUUUGUUGGAGGCCCCAACCACACAACAUCUCUUGUACCUCCUGGAGCACAUCAACAUCUGGAUCCUCUCCAGGAAUGCCCAGGAGAGAGCACGAGCCAGCAAACAAUGCGCCAGCUUGCUCCGCUUUAGUGUCCUGAUGCCUGAUUGUGAUAACUCUGCAGAACUCCCCAGUUUGGGCCACCAUGUGGCCAAACCUGGAAUCUGCAUUAUGGAUUCCAGGAGGGAUGUGAGCCGAUACGCCAGGGAGGGAAUCUACCGGCUCCUAGAGGUGCUUCUAAACCACAAAGGCCAGAGCAGCAGAGACACUUGGGAUCUGUGGAGCCGGAGAUGGCAGGAGGAUGGAAGAAUUCUGGCCAAUCUCAACACAACCAGAGUUGGGGAGGUUUUCGGGGAGAUCUUUAACAAAGAUCAGAGAUUCCUGAGGACCACUCUUUGGGCCAUUGAUCAUCCCCUCCACAGGAUUAAAGAGGCUGGUCUGAUUCUGCUGUACUCGCUCCUUGGCAAGGCUGAUGCACUGAUGGGGUAUGAGGAGGAGGAAAUCAGGAGGAAAAUCUGGCGUCGUCUCUGCUAAUUCAAAGACAGCAAAGGGCUGCCUGAAGAACUCCAAGCUUUCUAUGAAAACCAAGGUGACUUACUGAUGGACCUUGGCAGUGUAGCUAAGCCGACUUCCCUCCCACGACACCUUCUUCCUUCCCUCCCAUGACACCUUUCCUUCUUUUCCGUAUGAGACACUCAUACUUGAACUAUAAAUCCUUCCAUCCUAAACAUAUCAAGAGAAAAAUCAUAU